AAUGCACUACAACGCCGCUUGAUUGCAAGCUCAUUGCAGAAAAGCGCAUGGGGAAGCCGGUAUACCCGUGCAGUGCCGUGGUGGGCGUAGAGGUAGGCUUUCGAUAUAAUGCUUUUUUCGCGUCUCUCCUACACUACCUGUUCGCUCGCCUUCUCUUGUGUUCUUAUGUUGGCAAGAUGCAGUCUUUACUACAGUAUCGCCGGUUCCGAACGGCGGCCAAGGCGCAAUUGGAGAGAGAUCGGGCGAAGUCGCAGGGACACCAUAUUUCGCCAGUGUCUGAUGCCAGUGAUGACAGCAAGAUCGACUUAGAGAAGGGCGAAGACGAUCAUGCGCAACCACCGCCCAUUGGGGUGAAUCCGGGCGAGAUAGACCCUAAAAUCGGCCCGCCUAUGCCUGACGAAGAACAUGAGACGAUGCAAGAGAACCAAAGACCUGGUGGAUUCCUCGAGGAAACAGAAGAGACACUUCAAGAGGCCGAUGAAGACGACGAUGACGAGCUGGCUGGCCAGCACAGACUGUCGCGGCUAACAACCCAACAAUCGGCGCGCACGAGGCUAGGGCAGGUUCUGACAGGCGUCAACAUCCGCAAGCGAACGACGAAAGAAGGUGGCGAGGGCGAUGUAUUCGUUGUGGGCUUCGAAGGCGAGAACGACGCAUUAAACCCGCAUAACUGGAGCUACUGGUACCGCAUACCCUGCACUUUACUUGUGGCUGCUAUCGGCUGCGUGGUAGGUAUUGCGAGCGCCAUAGACAGCAGCGCUCUGCAGGCUGCAGCCCGAGACUUCGGCGUCUCGGAAGUUGUGGAGAGCAUGGCCACCGGCCUGUUCCUCGUGGGCUUUGGCGCCGGUGCACUCCUUGCUGGACCUAUCUCGGAGACCGUAGGCCGCAACCCAGUCUACAUCGUUACACUUGUGGUGUACAUGAUUUUCAUUAUGGCUUCUGGCCUUGCGCCCAACAUUGGCGCGCAGCUUGCGUUCCGUUUCCUUGCUGGCUUGUUCGGCAGCACGCCGUUAACCUGUGCUGGUGGAUCCAUUAGUGAUCUUUGGAGCCCGCUGGAGCGUGUCUUCGCCUUUCCGAUCUUCGCAAACGCUGCCUUCACUGGCCCUUUGCUUGGACCAGUAAUGGGAGGCUACAUCGUGCAGUUCUUGGAUUGGAGAUGGGUCGAGUGGAUCACCCUCAUCAUUUCCGGACUAGUGCUAGCGCUUGUUGUGCUCUUCCAACCGGAGACGUACCCACCCAUCCUGCUCAAGUGGAAAGCGAAGCACCUCCGGGCAUUGGCGAACGACGACCGUUACCGCGCGGAAAUCGAAGUCAGACAGGAAUCUCUUUUCAGACGACUGAAGCGGGCCCUUUAUCGGCCGUUCCUACUUACCUCUCGCGAACCAAUCAUCAUUCUCAUUGCUUUGUACCUUACUGUUAUCUAUAUUGUCCUCUUCACCUUCCUUGACGGCUAUACCUAUGUCUUCACGGAUACGUAUGGCAUUUCGGAAGGCUUGACGGGCAUAUGCUUCCUGGGGAUCAUAGUCGGCCUCUUCGGUGCCUCAGCACUUGUACCGUUGAUCUACAAGUGGGCGAAACGGGAUCUUCAAAAGAUUAAAGAGGCCGGCGGCGAGAGAUUGCCCCCUGAGUUCAGACUCUGGUACAGCAUGCUUGGCGGCGCUUUCGCCAUUCCCAUCUCGCUGUUUUGGAUGGGCUGGACGGCACGGCCGACCAUCUCUAUCUGGUCGCCGCUGGCUGCAUCUGCGCUAUUUGGGUACGGCAUUCUCUGCGUGUUCAUUACCAGCUAUCAGUAUAUUAUUGACGCAUACGAGACGUAUGCAGCCAGCGCGCUCGCUUCGAUCACUUUAAUAAGAUACGUAGCCGCUGGCGGCAUGGUCAUUGUGGGCAUUCCGUUCUACGAGAACAUGGGUGUUGCGUACACCCUCACGAUCUUAGCAUGUUUGAGUGCGUUGCUUGUCCCGGUGCCGUAUGUCUUCUACAAGUAUGGCCCAUGGAUCCGCACGAAGUCCAAAUACGCGGUGAGGACUUAGUAAGCUAGCUUGAUCUGUAGACUUG